AUGUUUGUUCCUUUUUUUUGCACGGGAACAAAAGACCAUUCUCGUGAGGUCCACCUACAAGUCACCACGUAUGAGGACUGCAAAGAGUCCACUGGGGACUAUUACUUCCUCUGUGACACCACGGGAGCAUGGGGCAUUGUUCUGCAGUCCCUGGCAGUAAUUGGCAUAGCAGUUACAGUUUCCACCCUGGCCUUUCUCUUCCUCAUGAGAAGGGUUCAAGACCGCAGCCAGUGGAAUGUCCUCCCCACCCAGUUCCUCUUCCUCCUGGGUGGGCUGGGGCUCCUCAGCCUUGCUUUUGCCUUCCUCAUCCAGCUCAACAAGCAGACUGCCCCCAUCCGCUACUUUCUCUUUGGGGUCCUCUUUGCUGUCUGUUUCUUGUGCCUCUUGACUCAUGCCUCCAACCUGGUGAAGCUGGUCUGGGGUCAAGUGUCCUCCUCUCGGACGACGAUUCUGUGCAUUGCUAUUGAUGUCAGCCUGUUGCAGACGAUCAUCGCCACUGAGUAUGUGACUCUCAUCAUGACCAGAGGUACGAUGUUUAUGGAUAUGACACCCUGUCAACUCAACGUGGACUUCGCGGUCCUCCUGGUUUACGUCCUCUUCCUGCUGGCCCUCACGUUCUUCGUCUCCAAAGCCACCUUCUGUGGGCCGUGUAAGAAUUGGAAGCGGCACGGAAGGCUCAUCUUCCUCACCGUGCUCAUCUCCAUCAUUAUCUGGGUGGUGUGGAUCUCCAUGCUCACGAGAGGCAACCCAUGGGACGACCCUGUCCUCUGCAUCGCCCUGGUCACCGACGCAUGGGUUUUCCUGCUGCUGUACAUCAUACCAGAGCUGUGCUUUCUCUAUAGAUCGUGUCAGCAGGAUUGCCCUCUGCAAGGCAAUGCCUGCCCACUCCCAGCUUAGGAACGCAGCUUCAGAGCAGAGAAUCAGCAACUCUCAAGAGGUACUUUCCUGGGGAGCUUGGGGAGGCUCUCCCGUAAGAGAAGCAGGAGAAAAAACAGGGCAUAGGUGGGUGACGACAUAGCUCAAGCCUGGAGACGGGGACACUCAGAGUCAAGGUUAAACUUUUCUAAAUAAUCAGUUCCUCCGAAAUACAGAGAUUUAUGGGGAGAGGCCAAGACAGAAAUGACUCAAAGGCCCUAAAUAGAAAGGGUGUGGCUCUGAGUAUUCGUGCUGGAUAAAGAAAGGCGCCCACUAUAAAAUGAGCUAACCAGCCCCAAAUUAGGCUUGGGCCGUGCCAUUGCAUGACACACCAUGCUAAGCACAGAUGUUUGGCCAUCAAGUGCAAGAGCAACCCUGGCACCGGUAACUGACAUUUUUCACAUUUAAGUCUCAAAGCCGACUUGCCCAAAUAUCAUAACAGACUGAUCUGCACGACUCAUCACCUCAUUAGAGUCUCAAAGCCCAACAACUUCUGGAUUCCUACUUUGUAAAUCAUUCACUCCUUGAAAGCCUUCGAGGUUUACACAAAGUGACAGAAUGAGCCAUGAAGUCAGAAUUCUGAGCAAGAGUCUCAGAUGUGUAAUCAAUAAUAGAAAUAAAGAACUUGCUUUUGUGACAUUUUCAUAAUAAUUUCUGGGUCGGAUUUGUAUCCUUAUAUAAGACCAAGCCACCUGACUAUAUACUGGUAAAGAAUAAAAUAUAUUAUCCAUGAUAACAAGGAGGUUUGGACCCCAAUAAACCGGGGGAAUUAGUGGCUAAUUUCAGUUAUCCGGAAAUACGUCAAAACUCAU